GAUGUGUCGUAUGCAGCGGAGGCGAUACGUAACUAUCAUAACGUAACGUAACCCGGCUCGAGCCUUGGCCUGUCCAGCAGGUUAGGGGAGCCAGGGCUACGUUACGCUAUGUGGACUUUAUUUAUACCAAUACUUAAUAUAGCAUUUUAGGUACAAUUUGUUGAGGCUGUUACUUAAUAUAAAUGUAUGUAAAUAGCUGUCUACGGUUGCUAACAGCAGCCGUAGGCAGCAAAUACGAUGCUUUAAACAGCACGAAAUCUCCAUUGCCGGCAGUGUUGCCGGCGCAAUCGUCCAUAUGGGGAAAUCUCUCCACUUUGGCAACAGUCCGUUUGCCAGAGGGGGGAGAGGGAGUGGGUAGAGCUAAAGCAUAAUACUCUAGACUAUAGAUAGAUUUAAAUGUAGAUUAUAAUUAAGGGGAACAUUUUGGUUGCCUUCAUUGGCAGAAAAGGGAGAUUAUAUACAUAUAUAUGUUAUCUAUUCUAUGUCUUGUCUUUUAUUUGUUUUGUCUUGUUUUUGUUUCUCCUCUGCCCACUGGUCCGGGGCAGCCAGAGCUAUUGCUUGUUUUGUUUCUGUCUUCAUUUCUUCCUUCGUUACUGUUCCGCCCUCUGGUCCGGGGCAGCCAGCAUUGAGUUGAGCGUUUGUGUGGAUGAGUGUUUGUAUGUGCGCUUGUAUGUGCGCAACGGUCCGUUGUCUCAUCAGUGGAAAUGGCCGAAGUCCACCACCUUCCAGUUGUUGUUGGCUUCUCUCUUCCUCUCAGGGAGUUCACUGGCGGCAAUUCGAGAUCUAUAGGAGAAGGAGGAGACAGAAAUUGCGCAGCAGAAAUGCUAACGCUCAUAGCUUUGAACAGCAGCGCCUUGUUCGGACGCGUUUUUGGCAAUCGUUCGCAUGAGUCUUCUACUCUUUUUAAUAAUUUGCAGUUGUCCAUUUCUAUGUCGUUAGUUAAUCGGUUUAGGAAGAUAUUAAGCAGAGUGAUCAUUCCGUAACGGCCAAUUGUCGCGCUCGCAUAUGCCUCUGUGUUUUUUUUUUUUUCCGUGCGUGUGUGUUUUCUGUGUACGAAUGUGGCAGCCAUGGUUGUUGCAUUCUUAGGGGCUGAACGGGACUUUGCUGGCGCUUUUGAGUAGAUUCAGCAGCGGCGGCCGCAUGCUGGAUCCGCUCCUGAGUCAGCAGGGUGAUGAGAUAGUCCAGUUUCUGGCUGAGCUCAUCGCUAGGACGGACACUCUGACUGCUCGCCACGGGCUGGAAUCCAGUUGUGGUCGCUGCUGGCGGCACCGAAUGCCAUACUUGCCUCCCAGGAAGAGGCUGGGAAUGACUCGCUGGUUGCCGUGUGCGGAGUGCAUCGGCAUAACUGCUCAUUUGAACUGGAGGAGCAGGAGCUCUUGCGCCAGAGCGCGCUCGCCGGCGGCUAGGUUGCUGCAGUGCUGGAAAUCCCUGCUGGUUCAUGACGGGUGGCUGGCGGGGACGCCGCAAACCCUGAGUGGCGGCUUUUGAGUAGAUUCAGCAGCGGCGGCCGCAUGCUGGAUCCGCUCCUGAGUCAGCAGGGUGAUGAGAUAGUCCAGUUUCUGGCUGAGCUCAUCGCUAGGACGGACACUCUGACUGCUCGCCACGGGCUGGAAUCCAGUUGUGGUCGCUGC